AUUAACCUGUGUUUUCUUAACCGCAAGGUCGCGUUGCAGUUCGAGCAUCAGUAAUUGGUAAAUGGAGUUGAUGUCUCUUGAACAGAAUAUGUUUCCUAACAGUGAUGAUUGCAACAAUGAUUCAGCCAAUCAAGAUAGUGCACCUGCUAUCCAUGUAGAUGAUGUACAACGUAUGGAAGCUCGUCUUUUAAAGUUGUUGGAUGAAUUUAACGCUGGGAAAUCAUCGUUUGGUCCAAAUUGUCCUUAUGAAAAACUUGACUCAAUACGAAAUCAGCAAGAAGAACUUAUGCGAUUGCAUUUUGAGCAAGAUAGGAAAAUGAUGUCGAUCCUCGAAACAGGCUCAACUCUCGCGCGGCGUCCUGUUAGAGCACUUUUAACGGAUGAAGGUCGGAAGACUACAAAGGCAAAUAUUGAUGCACUAGUCACACGACUUAAACGUAACCGUCUUUUGAUUGUACUUCUCUAUUCAUCCUAACUGCUAUUUUUUUGCUAUAUAUCUUAACCGUUUUUCUUCAUACAUAAUGCGAUAUUACGACUUUCUUAUUGAACUUAUAGAAUUCUUUGCCGUGCUAAUUGUUAGUGAUCUUCAGGAUCCACCAUUCAGAUAUUUUAUUGCAUCAUGGUUCCUUGUCUUAUCUGUUGUGUCUUAAAUCAGGGAAAUGAUUAAUAUUCCCUUUGUAUCUCAUUUCUUAAAACUGUACAGGCCUAAAAACAUUUUUAUUUGAACCUCCUUUCUAAUUCGUUUAGACUACUGAUUUACAUCUAAUUGUUCAUGAAUUGCAGUUUAUUCCAUCUACUUUGGUUUUUCGAGUUAAGUGCUGUUUAUUCAUGUAAUUUUGUAGUAGUAACUGUUAUCGUCUCUUUUAAUCAAUUAAAUGCAUUAUUUAAUCCACUGGCUGAAAGUUUAUGCAGCAAACAAUUAGAAACUGAGUAUGUUAUAGAUAGGUAAUUUGCCCCAAUAUCUUAAAAAGUUGAGUCGCUAAAAACUAGGAAGAAUCAUCAAUGGAAAAGUUUAGACUGUUUCACCUAUUUGAGUUUUGGCAGUUAAGCACUGUAACCUCACACGAGCAGUGUGACUCAGUGCUGGAGUCGCUAAGUUAUGCAAUACAUAAUCUUCACUAUGCUAAUAGACCUCGAUCGUAACAUUCGCAAACUUUUGCCCAACAAGAAACAUUAUUCCGCUGAUUUAUUAUUUUAUCUUUUAAAGUUGUCCGUUAAUUAGUAGUGAUAACUAAUGUAACUUUGAGAAUUUCAACAGCACUGA